AUGCAGCUCUGGGCCAGGAGCAGGCCAUUUGAUAACCCGAUACGUAGUUUGGCAGCACUCUUUGUUGUCUGGAAAUGUUUAAUUCUGGUCAUUGCAUGCUGCAGCCCGGGACCUGGAUAUGAUACCUCCACUAGCCUUCUCUUACCCACCCAUGAAUCAGGUGAAGGCAGAAACCUACCGACUAUUGUUCAGCACCUUGUUGGUAGACUGACAAGAUGGGAUGCUUUCUACUAUGUCAAAGCUGCGAGCCGUGGCUAUCUGUUUGAACAGGAGUGGGCUUUCGGAUGGGGCUUUACUCGAAUCAUUGCCCUGGGUACUACGGGCUUAGAAAAAAUCGGCAUCGCUCACUACGACGGAGUGGAAGCAGUUGUGGCUAUUUGCAUUGCCCAUUUUGCCCAUUUUCUUUCAGUACUUCUGCUCUUCAAUCUCACGUUGGCUGUAUUCCCAGGAUCAACCACAAGAUUUGCUUUCACUACCUCUGCAUUGUACAUCAUAUCACCAGCUGGAAUAUUUCUCUCGGCUCCUUAUGCUGAGAGCUCCUGCGCUCUUUUUGCGUUUGCGGGUUGCCUAGCAUUCGCAAAGAGCUUCACCUCUGAACAGCCGUCUACAACAGCAAAGCAUGACCUUCUUCUUCUUGGAUCCGGUGUUCUAUUUGGCAUGUCUGUGACGCUCCGCAGCAAUGGACUACUAAACGGUCUCCUUUUACUUGAAGAGGCCUUCAGGGUCUUACUGAGCCUCAAGAAUGAUUUUCAAAUAGCUAGGGUUCGUCGCUUGAUUGCUUCUGGGCUCGGUGGACUUAGUGUUGCAUCUGGAUUCUUGCUCCCACAGUACAUCUCCUACAGCGACUUUUGUAGGGAAGAGGGGGUUGCAAUCCUCAGGCCAUGGUGUACAAAGCCGUUGCCCAGCAUUUACACAUUUGUGCAAGAACACUACUGGAAUGUCGGCCUGUUCCGGUACUGGACACUUUCAAACCUGCCUCUCUUCAUGUUGGCUGCGCCGAUGCUUGUGAUGAUGACCGUUUCAGGAGUCUGGGGGUUAAGCUCGAAUAGACAAGUACAGCAUGCUACCAACAAGCUGCCAAAGAGGGCCGAGGGUUUUCCAAUUCUACGAAAUCUGGCCACCUCGCAGCUGUUGUUUACUCUGAUCACUUUCACCACCGCGCAUGUACAGAUUAUCACGCGAACAUCAUCAGCGUUCCCGGUUUGGCUUUGGUACUCUAUAAUGUCGUCUGAAAAAGGAAAUUCUUUAGUUAGGAACAUGGCCAAGUUUAUGGUUAUGUAUGUGGUUAUUCAGGGAGGACUAUUUGCUUCCUUUCUCCCUCCAGCGUAG